UUCAUUUAUAAUUUUUAUUUAGAACUUUAAACCAAUAGAAGAUGGCUUUACAAAUUUUGGCCCAAAGAUCCCCAAGAACUUUAUUUGAAAGGUGUAGCAUAUUCGAACCCUUCGUCCAGGGAACAUGAAUCAUAAUUUCGUUGCUGGUUUUAUAUUAAAAUACAUGGGAUACAUCGAGAACCACCCACUUUUGCCUCAAUCUUCAACCAAGACCAACCACAAUCAUACAAAAACGAUAAGGAAAAUAAAUUGAACCAGCAAAGCCCUGACAUCACUUCCUUUGUCCUCCAAUACUAUCCAGCCACAAGUAUAAGAGUGUCACACCACUGCAAAGCCCUCAAAACAUCCCAUUUUUCCUCUCUUUGCAGUAACUGCUAGUUAGUGAUGGAGCAAACUGAGCUGGUCUUCAUCCCAUUUCCUAUCAUCGGCCACCUUACGUCUGCACUGGAGAUUGCAAAGCUGAUUACUCAGCGAGACCCCCGAUUCUCAAUCACGAUCAUCAUCAUGAAGUUUCCGUUUGAGUCCAUUGAUGGUAUGGACACGGACUCUGAUUCCAUACGUUUCGUUACACUUCCUCCUGUAGAGGUCUGCUCCAGUACGACGCCGUCUGGUUUCUUCCUCUCUGAAUUCCUCAAAGCUCACAUCCCAGUCGUCAGAGACGCCAUCCACGAGCUCACUCGCUCCAACUCGGUUCGUCUCGCAGGGUUCGUUAUUGAUAUGUUCUGCACCCACAUGAUCGAUGUGGCCGAUGAGUUUGGGGUGCCUUCCUAUCUCUUCUUCACUUCCAGCGCUGCUUUUCUUGGCUUCCUGUUGCAUCUUCAGUUCCUCCAUGAUUAUGAGGGCUUGGAUUUCAAUAAGUUCAAGGACUCGGAUGCUGAGUUGGAUGUUCCGAGUUUCGCGAACUCAGUUCCGGGUAAGGUCUUCCCUUCUCGGAUGUUUGACAAGGAAGGCGGAGGGGCUGAGACGCUUCUUUAUCACACGAGGAGAUUCAGAGAAGUCAAAGGUAUUCUGGUAAAUACAUUUAUUGAGCUUGAAUUACAUGCUGUUCGAUCACUUUCUGACAGUACAGUACCCGAGGUGUAUCCCGUUGGACCCAUACUCAACACCCGAAUGGGAUCUGGUGGGUGUCAACAAGAUGCUAGUGCCAUCAUGAGCUGGCUUGAUGAUCAGCCUCCAUCGUCAGUUGUUUUCCUGUGCUUCGGGAGCAGGGGAACCUUUGGUGCGGAACAGAUCAAGGAGAUAGCGUAUGGGCUAGAGCACAGUGGGCAUCGCUUCUUGUGGUCCCUUCGCCAACCUCCCCCAAAGGGUAAAAUGGAUUUUCCAAGCGACUAUGAAAGUAUUGAGGAAGUUCUACCAGAAGGAUUUUUACAUCGGACAGCUAGAAUUGGAAAGGUGAUUGGAUGGGCUCCACAAGCAGCGGUUUUAUCCCACUCAGCUGUUGGAGGAUUUGUAUCUCAUUGUGGAUGGAAUUCUUUGCUAGAAAGCGUAUGGUAUGGUGUUCCUGUGGCCACUUGGCCAAUCUAUGCAGAGCAACAAAUCAACGCAUUUCAAAUGGUGAAAGAUUUGGGGUUGGCCACAGAAAUUAAAAUAGAUUACAAUAAGGAUAAUGAUUAUGUUGUAAGUGCUCAUGAGAUUGAAAAUGGAUUGAGGAACCUAAUGAAUAUUGAUAGUGAAGUGAGGCAAAAGAGGAAAGAAAUGCAAAAAAUAAGUAGAAGAGUCAUGAUAGAUGGUGGGUCCUCGCACUUUUCUUUAGGCCAUUUUAUUGAAGACAUGGUGGCUAACAUUCCAUGCAAGCAACAAAGACGUGAUACCUAAUGUAUGAAUUAGUUUAUACUAAUAUGAAAUAAAAAGGUGCAUUGUAGGCUCUAAUAAAUUAA